AUGUUGGGACCCAAUCCUUCCCGUUUUCUGGUCCCCAAAACUCCAAAACCCUACUCCCCAAAAGCUGAAGAAAUGGUGGGUGCAAUAGUCCAUGUUUAUCAGGAGCCUUCGAUCGAAGACUGCGCCCCUGAUGAGGAGUACUUCUCAUGCGGAUGGUGUGAGCCAAGCUGCUCCAAUCCAUCACCUUCUUGUCCCAUCAAAGUGUGCACUCGAGGGUGUCUCUGUCGACCCCAUUUGCUGAGGCAUCACAGUGGACACUGCGUCGAGGCGAAGGAUUGCUAUCCACAGAAAUGCAAAUCCCAAAACGAGGAAUAUGUCUGCCGCUACGGCUGUGAGCUCCGAUGUCAAGCCCGCGUCUGCAAACGACCAAGAACAUGUGUGCUGGGCUGUCACUGCAAGAUAGGGCUCCUUAGAGACACCGCCACGGGACUCUGUGUCCCAAGGAACAAAUGUUCUAACAGUAUUCAAAGAACCAAUAUGACUAUUGAUUAUAAAAAAUAA